CCCAUCUUUGUUCGAUUCAUUCGACAACAACGACAACGACCUGAGACGUCCAUGCUGAAGUGACUCCCAUCCCAUCCUCCUCCUUCCUCCUCCUCGUCAUGUCCUAUAUCGAUCCUCGAGAGCUCAAUGACUUGGCUUCAUUCGCCGUGAAUGGCGGACUCGGAAGAGGUGUCGCGACCUCGGAUUGCGUCGCCGAGUCCCCUGAUCAGCUCAUGUUCAUCAGUGGCGAUGAACUCGUGCUCCUCCGUGAACUCGAUGAAGUCGACCUGGCUUCAUGUGAAGGUGUCGUUGGAUGGGUCAAAAAGGGUCUAGUGGCAUUUGAGAGGACUUCCGCCGCAGCAGCAGGAGCAGCAGUAUCAGUAUCAGCAUCGUCCCCAGGCGAAACGACACCUAAAUCAUCCCUUGAAGUGUCUCUACGUGAAGACCUACCCCGAACUAUCCUCAUCGCUCCAUCUCCUUCACCUCCACGAGCCAGUCGACUUUUACCAUCAGAUCAACCGGAUCAUCUCGACCCGUCCCCGCCUCAGGAUCUCAAACGAGUCUCCGGUCCUUUCGAAUUGGAAUCCCCUCAGCAGAGUCCCAACAUUGACCAUGAUAGGUUCAGCAUACAGCAAGCUGCUGCUACACUUGCAGAGGCUUCGCAACCUAUGGAGACGUUGGCUCAAUCGAGACCCGAAUCUCAGAUAGAAAUCGAGGUCAAUAGGGAAUCAGUCUUCUCUGUCGCGAGCAGUGAAAUGUACGGCGGCAUUGGCGGCUUCAUGAUGGGUACAGGUGGCAGUGAAGAUAGUCAUGAGACGAAUGAUUUUGGUGUAUCGCCAGUCACGACCUCGGUGGAAACACCAUUCCCUGCUCACUCGGACCCUCCAUCGCCAAGCGUUAUCCACGCUGAUCAGAGCAAACGGUCUUCGACGCCCGAUGACGAAGACAUGGACGAUGAAGAGUGGGACAUUUACGACCAAUACGCGAGAGAAAGCAUGUAUGCGCCACUCAAACGCAUGUCCCUGGCGGCGAGAAGAGCCUCCAAAAAGGCUGAUGCGAGGGAAUCCAUGGCGGCUUUCGAGGGACUCGGAGCCGUUCACGCGGCUAGGGCCGCUUUGGAAGGAGGCAGUGUUCCCAAAGUCACUGUCGAUACGAGCUUGGAUCCAGUCACACCAAGACAGGCGGCGAGAAAUCCCAUUCCAUCACCCUUGACAGGUCGAUCCAUCGCUACGGAACUGCGCUUGAGGAUACAAAGGGAACGUGAGGCGGCCGAGAAGCAAUCAGAAAAGAUGGGCUCGGUGCCAGAGCCGCCGGUCCGAACGACGAGCGUCGAGGAGACCCAGUCCAGCCCUGCUGAAGAAUCCCUGCCCUCACCACCGCAGACCAACGAUGUACCUCCACCAUUCUCUCCCGUCGACCCGAUUGGCUUACAGACGGAAGCACCCGUUCAGUCCGAGGCCGAUACCUUUAUGCCAACCGAAGAAUCCGUCGUCCUGGACACACCUGCCGCUCCUGAGAUCGUCACGUUCACUGGUCCUUCCCCGGGCGAUUCGCCCGCCCCGGAACCCAUGAACAUACCCGAACCUCUACUCGCUUCUCCCAUGCUUCUUCAAUCUCCACAGCUCGACUCCAAACCCAAACUGGAAGCUCCAGCUGAUAUCGUCCUUCCCGAUAAUGUCUUGCUGGCCCCACGUCCUCCUAGAUCCGCCUCACCGCGUCUCGCUGGCCCUCCAAACCAUACUCCCACGUACAUUAGUAAACAUAUCCAUGCGCCAUGGACACCAGACACCCCAGCCUCGCCUCACUCUAUAACCGCCACGCGGCAGGCUGUGGAAGCUGCGAAAGAGGGGAAGCGUGCUCGAGGUCUGACUCUUGUUGGUCGGAUCGAUGCGGAUCUCCGAGGCGCCAAGGGCCCAGUCCCAAUUACAUUCGUCGUCGGUGAGCCAGACGAUCAGAUACGGUCUCCUCUGGGUCUAGGUUUGCCGCCUGUAAACAACGGUCGGACGUCUCCUGUCACGCCUGAACAGCGCUCUCGCUCUCCACUGUUUGGAGGCGCUCCUCCGCCACCUCCCAUGCCCGACGAUAUCAAGGACAUCCGGCUCGCCCCAUCCCGUUUCCCAACUCCUAAACGCAGCUUCACCAGUCCAAUUGCCCCUGAACCCGAGGUCGUCGCAGAAGUCGAUGCUGCAGCGGGCCCACGACCUGGGUUUAUCGCUGCGCGUCCUCGGUCACGAUCUUUCUCCGUCGCCAUGGCCAAAGCUGUGGGUCGACCAAAGAAGGAGACACCCCCUGCGAUCCAUACAGAUGUCAUGCCUGUCUUGCCAACGACCAACUCGCCCUCUUCACCGGGCACAUCCAAAUUGCGGCUCCUUGGUACUGGUCGUAAAUCACCCAAAGCCUCGUCUCCUAAUACCCCGGUCUCUGGUACGGUUUCACAUCACUCCACGCCAGGAGGUAUGGAGAUGCGUCCGCCGUCAGGUCGAUCGUCUUCCUUCUCCUUCGCCUCAAAGACCUCCAAGACACCUCGCAAAGCAUCCAGAGCGCUCCCCAGUCCGGUCAGUCACAAAGACUUUGAGGAUACAGUCAAUGCUGGCGGGAUGGACUUUGAAUUGGUGCAACCGAGAAAGCCAUUCCCCUUAUCCCCGACGACCGUGAACACGCUCGGCAUCACCACGCCAAAGUCUGAGGAAAUGGACAAGGCGACGUUGGCCAGUGCGUCAUCCGUCGGUAGCUUAUCUACCCGCGUGGCUUUACCUGAGACCGACGAAUGGGGAUUCAUCAAGGGAAAGAUGGUGACGCCCGAAAUCUUCCAAUCGAGAUCAGCGCCUGUGGAUCAUCGAGCGGCAGAGGCGAGAUGGUUAGCUGUGAUCGGCUCAACGGUGCCGUCUGGAGGACCUUCCAAAAAAGUCAAGAAGUACGUUUCGGAGGGCGGCGUGCCCGGGUCGCUGCGUGGCAAAGUGUGGUCUUGGUUCCUCAAUGCGUUGUCAACAGGCAUGUAUGACAAGAUGGUCUCUGAGGGCAGACGGACGAGCAGUGAUCAGCAGAUUGAGCGAGAUAUUGCCCGGAUAUGGUCUGAUCAUUCCUUGUUUUGCAACUCGUCGCUGCCUGGUUUCGUGGAUCUUCAAUCUGUCCUCAGGGCUCAUCUUGCAGCGUCUGGAUCAACAUACAGCACGCCGAUGUGUCAUUUGGCAGGGACGAUGCUUAUUCAUUCCGUGGCGGAAGACGCAUUCUCGCUGCUUGGCGGACUCAUGGAGAAUGUAUUGAGAGAGUACUACAGUACGGGAAUCAAUAUUGACGCGGGCGUCUUUGAUGUCGUGUUGAGGGGUAGUGAGAAGGACUUAGCGGCAAUGUUCAAGCAAGUCGGAUUGAAAUCUGGCGAGUUUCUGGAAACCUGGUAUAAGCAAUUAUUCAUCCGAUGCUUGCCUUGGCCGACAGCUCUGAGAGUCAUUGACGUGGUGGUCGCGGAGGGCCCGCGAUUCCUCCUCAUUGCCUCAUUGACCAUUUUGACUCUAUCCAGAGACAGGCUACUCGCUUUACCUCACACCAAGUCUGCCAUCCUCGAAUACCUUGAACAUCUACCUCAGGACAGUUUACUAUUACCUGAGAACUUUAUGAAGGCCACUGAGCGAGUCAAAUUCAAGGAUGAUGAUUGGAAGAGGUUGAGGGUGGGCGUGGAGAAGGAGCUAUAGUCCCAUGUAUGGCAUGCAUCCCCCAAUCAUCA